CCCUGGUAUUGGUCUGCUUUCAGUGUGGGAUUGAGCAUGUGUGUGAUUCAGAUUAGCUGUUAGCUUGCAGAGAUGGCCGCGGACAAGCAGAACGAAGCUAAACUUUCUCUUAUGGACGAAAAUAAAGAGAAUAUACAAGGAGGACUGGGCCUGGAAAUCUUGCAAAUCAUCAAGGAGUCCCAGCAGCAGCAUGGCCUCAGGCACGGAGACUACCAAAGAUACAGGGGCUACUGCUCUCGUAGGCUGCGUCGCCUCAGAAAGACUCUUGGCUUCAAGAUGGGCAACAGACACAAGUUUGUUGGAAAGAAGGUCACUGUGGAAAUCCUUUCUGACAGCAGGUAUCUGUUACUGGUUUUGAUGGAGGCAGAGCGUGCAUGGAGCUACGCCAUGCAGCUGAAACAGGAGGCCAACACAGAGCCAAGGAAGAAAUUCCACUUGCUUGCCCGAUUACGCAAGGCUGCCAAGCACAGCGAGAAGCUGGAGAAGCUCUGCGAGAGCCCCCGUGUUGAUGCGAAGACCAAACUAGAAGCACAGGCCUACACUGCGUAUCUAACGGGGAUGGUACACUUUGAACUGCAGGAGUGGAAGCUUGCCAUGGAGGCCUUCAACAAGUGCAAGACCAUUUAUGAGAAACUGGCCAGUGCCUUCACCGAGGAGCUGGCUGUUCUGUAUCGUCAGCGCGUGGAUGAGAUAUCGCCCAACAUCCGCUACUGUGCUUACAACAUAGGUGACCAGAAUGCCAUCAAUGACUUGAUGCAGAUGAGACUGACUGGUGGAGGAGGGGGCAUGAUGGCUGAAAAACUAGAGGCCCUGAUCACUCAAGCAAGGACCAAGCAGGCAGCCACGAUGAGCGAGGUGGAGUGGCGAGGCCGGACCGUACCUGUGAAGAGCGACAAGGCUCGCAUAUUUCUCCUGGGUCUGGCAGACAAUGAAGCUGCCAUCGCUCAGGCUGUUAAUGAGGAGACCAAAGAACAUCUGUAUGAGACCCUGCUGGCCGAGUGCAGAGACACCAUCCAGGCUGUGAGAGAGGACAUCAAGAGCGAGGCGAAACAGCGAGAGAGGAGCUCUGAUAAUGAAAGUGGGAAAGUAAGCAACCUUCAGUUUCUGCACAGUUAUCUGACCUACAUCAAGCUGUGCACAUUAGUGAAGAGAAAUGAGAGCAUGGCUCACACUCUGCAGGCUAAACUGAAGGAGACGGGGGCCGACGAGAACAAGAGGGGCCCCCGUCCACAAGAUCUCAUCCGACUCUACGACAUCAUCCUGCAGAGUCUGGCUGAGCUCUCCACCCUGCAGGGGCUUGAGGAUGACCACACCUUCCAGAAGGAGGUGUCCCUCAAGACUUUGGUCUACAAGGCCUACAGGUGUUUCUUCAUAGCUCAGUCUUAUGUUCUGGUGAAGAAGUGGAGUGAGGCUCUGGUUCUGUAUGAGAGAGUGCUGAAAUAUGCCAAGGAAGUCCAGUCUAAGGUCAAGAGUUUUAAAAAUAACCUUAAGGAUCUCCCUGACGUCCAGGAGCUCAUUGCUGAGGUCAAUGCUGAGAAAUACUCACUACAGGCUGCUGCUAUCUUAGAUACUGAUGAGACACCUGAAGUGAGCCCUCAGCAGCAGGUGAACGAUAACAAGCCUCUGUGUGAGCACCUGGACAACUUCCACCUGGACAAGACUCUUGUUGGAAAGCAUCCCAGUCUGGUCCAGUUCCCCCCCGAGUUCCAGACGAUCCCCUGCAAGCCUCUGUUCUUUGACCUCGCCCUCAACCAUGUGGCCUUCCCACCGCUGGAUGACAAGGUGGAGCAAAAGGGCAAGGGCGGCCUGACCGGCUACAUCAAGGGCAUAUUUGGCUUUGGCAGCUAAACUAAAGACCUGAACAUGAAGGCAACAAGGCCCUAAGCUGGACAAAAAUGUGCCUAUUUUCAAUAUUGGUGGAGUCUGCAGUCCUUAGGAGUGCAGAGAGAAUCUGACCUUCAAAGUGAGAUCACAGACAAGAAAUAAACCUGCUUCAAGUAGCAAUAUGACUCGUCUCCACCUGGAUUCUGUAAUAUCAUCAGAGCAAUCAGACAGGAUAGAACUUUUCAUUUCCAGAGGUUACAGUGUCAAAAUAUUCAUCAAUUCAACCAGUAACUCCAAAGGAACUUCAUUUCCAUUGUUUCUGUAAUGGAAGAGCCAGUUUGCAGAUAUUUUUCCACAUUAAAGACGGCUUCAGCAGUGUUCGAAGUUAUAAAGAAGUUAUUUCUCAAUGCCUGUAUAAGACACCUAAAAGAGUCCUGUCAUUUAAACCAAUUAAUUUCAAAAUAUCCAGUAUUUGAUAAUAUCUGCUUGCUCUGCUCUUGGAUAUCUUUGACCCGUUUGGAUAUCAACAUAUGAUUAAAAACCAAGCACAUAUUUCCCAUAUGCCCAGUGUUGGAGACAUCUGAUGAAGCAAGUAUAUUGAACGUUAUUGAUCCAAAAAAAUGGAUGAGUUGUUUAAUUAUAAAGGAUUCUUUUGUUUUUGAUUUUCUUAGUAACGUUUGCCCCUUUCAGUUCAUUUAAGCUGUUAUCUAGGUGAUACUGAAAUUUGAUAUUGGGAGCUAAUAACAAAACCAAGAAUCAUCUUUGUUACCGUCAAUCAAAAAUAAAUGUUCAGUGUUGUUUUUUUUAAAUGUGGCUAAUUAUGUUGGAUUUUUUUUUUUCCCAAGAUUCUUGUAAUUCAAGGCUUUUGGUCCAGUUAUAUUUAUACAAUGAACUGGCAAUUUUCUUAUAGAUUUCAAAGUUCUUCUAUUGUGCAUAUUAUCCAGGGGUGUGUUAGACUGAGACCCCCAGUCAUAUUUUCAGGGUUGAAGCUCCUGCUGGAGUGUUUGUCUGCAGGAGACGGCUGCAGACAAUAAGCCAUUGAAGGUUUUACCAGCCUUGCAUUCAUCAUACCACCACGCCUCGUAGGAUAAGUGUUCUUACAACAUGAUUAACAUUUCUGGAAGUUCAGUAAUGUUCCGACAUCUGUUGUUACCAAUUGUUUGGAAGUAAAUAGCAGUUUUUUUUUUAAAGCAACUGGCUGAUUUCCUUUGCUCCUGUCUGAACCUGGUUCCCUGUGGUACACUGACUAGAGGAGUGUUUUAUUGUUCCUCAUAAAACUUGCUGGUCUUUGUUUUUGCUCUUCUGUUCUCAUUGUUUGUAUUGAAGAAUUAAGAUGGACUCCUCUCCAUUAGCUUGGAAGAAUCUUAGUAUCAGUGACUGUUGGAAACAUUUGAGAAGGAGUAAUGGGAAUGUUUUCAUUUACUCUGUCCUAUGAUUAAAAUUUAUUGGCACCAAAA